CGCCUAUUUCUUUUCUAUUUUGUCGUCUUUUUCAAACCCAACUAACAACCACCCCCACCCUCUCUCUCUCUCAAACUCAGCGAGUGUCCGGCGAGCGUAUUCUCGCCGGAAUUCGCUCAUCCCUCCUCCAAAUCUCGACGUUUUCACCAUCCGAGCUCUACGAGUCUCCCGUAGAGAUAAAAAGAAUCUGUGAUUUUUUGUUUUUAUUUUUUUUAAGCAACGGGGUUAGAUUUUUUUUUUUUAAAUAAAAAACAACAGCAAAAAGGAAAAUAUUCCGUGUCUGCAUCCGUCUCCGUCUCUUUCCAAUUCUCCUUUUGGUUAUGGUGGUGAAUGAUAGCUUGCAAGCGAAUGCAAAUGCAGGUUCUAACUAAUCCACAUAUGCUCUCAGAUCCCUUUUUUGUUUUUCUCUUCUCUCAUUCCUUUCCUCCUUUGGUUCCUCUUUCUUCUCCCAAUUUUCCAAAUUCCAGACAGAGACAGGAGAGUGAGAGGGAGCGAGAUUCGACAUGAUGGUCAAUUUGUAUUUUUAGGUUCGAAUCUGUUACAUUAGGUCAAAUUCUCUUCUCAUUUGUGUUUUCUUUCAAAUAUAUGUUUUUUUCCUCAUUUUGUGGCAAUGACUUAAGAGUUUAUAUUCUUUUUUAAUAUCCUCUUUUAUCGGUUUUUAUCUUCAUAUUUUGUUAGAAAUUGAAUACCAAGCUUAAUUAUGCAAGCUGUGAUUUUUUUCGGUGUUUUUUUCUGGGUGGAGGGAAAAACACACUUGAGUGGUAAUUUUUGCCGAUAUUUUUUUUUAAUUUUGCUCAAUUUCCCUUUCCCUUGCCUUUUCUUGAAAACCAAGAAAAGCACUUAUGUUUGGUCAUUGGUUGGUAAGCAAGAGGAUUUUUCGGUUUCUGGGGUCCGAUUCUAUGGAUGACCCGUGAUAAUGCAAAAUUUUAGAUAAUCGGUUUUUGAUAAUGCUAUUAAGAGUUUCAUGAAAUACCAUCUGUCAAGUAGAUAAUACUUAGAAUUGUUUUUCAGAUGAAGAGCUAUGCAGCCUAGACAGAGUGGGCAAGUGAGAAUCUUUAGAGUUUUUCUCUCUCUUAUUAAAGUUUCUGGUUUGGGAGUUUCGGUAUGCCAUUUGAAGUAAUGGAUCAAAGUGUGUCUGCCUCGUCUCAUUGCUUUGAAGAAAUUUCUUUUCCUUCUGAGAAAGUUGGAUAUCUGAAACCCAAGGGCAUGCCUCAUCACGGAGGAAUGAAGGGAGUGGUAGCAACACCUGGAAGCGUGUUGGAUGCUUUACCACACCUAGAAAAACUUUCACCUAUAGGGGCACAGUCUGUGGAUACUCUGGAACUGCCACAGUCAAUUCUACCUAGUGAUCAAAGAAAAAAGACAGGUUCUGGUGGAGAAGAAGCUGAUUUAUCCAAUGCUUCAUGGGAAUCCCUGAAUCACCAUAUGGAAUCGUUGUCAAAUGCGUGCAUGCAGCUGCCUUCUCAUAGUUUGGACAGGAAGAAGACUGUUAUCAGUGGCACCAAUCAUGAAAGUAGUUUGUUUUCAAGCUCAUUGUCUGAAAUAUUUAGUAGAAAGUUGGGAAUUUUGGGGAAUGAGGUUCCAUCUCAUCAGCCUGCUAGUGCUGUUUUUUCCCACCAUGAUGAAGAGCUGUUUGAAUCUAUUGAAGAACUUGAGGCCCAAACUAGCGGAAAUUUCCUUCCUGAUGAAGAUGACCUGUUUUCUGGCAUGAUUGAUGAGCUGGCAUGUAGUGCUCAUGCCAAUAGUGGAGAUGACUUCGAAGAUUAUGAUUUGUUCAGCAGUGGGGGAGGUAUGGAAUUAGAAGGGGAUGAUCGCAUGUAUAUGGGGCAAAGGAAUUUUGAUUAUCUCAGGGGCCUUUCCAAUGGUCAAGUGGGUUCUAAUAGCUCAAUUGUUGGUGAACACCCUUUUGGUGAACACCCAUCUAGAACACUCUUUGUGAGAAAUAUAAAUAGCAAUGUUGAGGAAUCUGAAUUGAAGGCUUUUUUUGAGAAACAUGGAGAUAUUCGAACGCUGUAUACUGCCUGCAGGCAUCGUGGGUUUGUUAUGGUUUCUUACUAUGACAUAAGGGCAGCUCAAAAUGCAAAGAAAGCACUUCAAAAUAAGCCAUUGAAGCGUAGGAAACUUGACAUACAUUAUUCGAUACCAAAGGACAAUCCUUCAGAGAGGGAUAUUAACCAAGGCACCCUGGCUGUAUUCAACCUUGAUUCCUCUGUUUCAGAUGAUGAGCUUCGCCAGAUUUUUGGCUUUUAUGGAGAAAUCAAAGAAAUCUUUGAUAUUCCACACAAGUGUCACCCAAAGUUCAUAGAGUUUUAUGAUGUUCGAGCUGCAGAAUCUGCUCUUCGUGCACUGAAUAGGAGUGAUAUUGCUGGCAAACAGAUCAAGGUUGAACCAAGCCAUCCAGGGAUUGCAAGAUGGUGUGUGAUGGAACAGUUCGAGCAGGAGCAAGAUGGACGUAAUGUUUGCCAAAGCCCUUGUAAAAAUUUAUCACCAGUAUGCACAGCCCGAUCACCUGUGAGUUCAUAUGUUGAAAAUGUAUUCUCUCACAGGAGUUCAAGUGUUCCGAAUAACUUGCCCUCUCCGGUGAGAGUGGCAUCCAUUGGCAAACAAUUUGGCAUUUGUGAUUCAAAUCAGUCUCUAAAUGAAAUAAAGUUUUCCAACCAAUGCAUUCCCAGUUUCCAUCCUCAUUCCUUUCCGGAGUAUCUUGAUAAUUCAGUCAAUGGUAGUCCAUGCAAAACUUCAAGCCAUAUGGCUGUCAGUCUCGGUCCCAAAGUGGCUGAAGGAAUUGACAGUAAGCAAAUUAUCGAAGUGAGUUCCAACAUUCGCACAAUGGAACCCAAUGCAGGAGUUUUUGGUUCCUCAGGAAAUGGGAGUUAUCCCCUUCAUGGACAUCAUCACUUCACAUGGAACAACUCGUAUCAGCAACAUCCUUCAAGUCCCUUGAUUUGGGGGGAUUCACCUUCAUUUGCCAUGGGUGUUCCUGCUCAUCACCUUCCACAAAUGCCUGGAUUUCCGAGAGGAUCACACCAAUUGCUGAACACGUCUCCUGUGCACUGCCAUGUUGGAUCGGCACCAGCUGUAAAUCCUUCUCUCUGGGAUAAGCGGCAUUCCUAUCUGGGGGAAUCUCCUGAAGCUUCUAGUUUUCAUUUGGGUUCUCUUGGGAGUGUGGGUUUUCCUUGCAGUUCUCAAUUGCAUCCAAUAGAAAUUUCUUCUCGCAGUACCUUUUCUCAUGUUGGCAGAAAUUGCCCUGACAUGUUGACAAAUGCUGGUCAUCACUCUCCUAAGCAAAUCUGCCAUAUUUUCCCUGAGAGGAUCCCGAUGAUUUCAAUGCCUACAUCUUUUGAGUCACCCAGUGAACGUGCAAGAAGCCUUUCUCACCGUAGAAAUGAAGCAAAUUAUCUUGCUGAUAAGAAACAAUUUGAACUUGAUAUUGACCGUAUAUUGCGUGGGGAAGACAGCCGCACAACACUGAUGAUAAAGAACAUUCCCAACAAGUAUACUUCUAAGAUGCUUUUGGUUGCAAUAGAUGAGCACUGUCGGGGAACCUAUGAUUUUAUCUAUUUGCCAAUUGACUUCAAGAACAAAUGCAAUGUGGGCUAUGCGUUCAUCAAUAUGACUGAUCCUCGACAGAUAAUUUCAUUCCAUCAGGCAUUCAAUGGUAAAAAAUGGGAAAAGUUUAAUAGUGAAAAGGUGGCAUCCCUUGCAUAUGCUAGGAUUCAGGGAAAGGCUGCUCUUAUUGCCCAUUUUCAGAAUUCAAGCUUGAUGAAUGAAGAUAAACGUUGCCGUCCUAUUCUCUUUCAUACUGACGGUCCAAAUGCUGGUGAUCUAGAGCCCUUCCCCAUGGGUGCUAAUAUUCGUUCAAGACCAGGCAGACCCCGAACUAGUGGCAAUGAGGAAAACCACAACCAAGGGAGCCCUUCUACUUCUGCAAAUAGAGAGGAAUAUUCCAAUGGAUCGGAUUCUUCAAAGGACUUCGAUUGACCCAGCCAAUUUGCCUGAAAGCACUAACUUUAGAACGAACCCUGUAUUGGAGUACAGAAUCACAUUAACCCCAAUUCGUAUCACCCCUAUUCUAACAACUUUUUUUCCGGCUGCAAAGAACCAGUACUAGUUCUACUACAGGUUUUGGGAACUGGAGCCAGCUUUACCAAGCGGUCUUCUUAUUUUUCUGUCUCACUAAAUUAAUCACAUUGGACCAAUGAGUAUAGAGAAUCGCUUACCCAAGUCUCUAAAUUUUGGCUUGUCUUGAGUGAACAAUCUCAGAUUGGACACAAGUUCCCUGAGGUAAAUGUUCACGGGCAGUUCAUGUUGGGGGGGCAGUAACCAGUUAAUGUCGAUAUGCCUGAUUAAUCUCCAUUUUGUUUUCUUGAA